AUGGCUACUUUAAUACAAUAUCAACUUACAUGCAAAUACUGGCACAUGUUGCUCAAAAAAAUAAUCUAUAGAAAUAUUACAAUCAAGACAUACCGUCAAUUGGUCUUGUUUAUUCGAACCAUUUCUACUCCACCUUCAAGCCCUGGUUUGUUUACAAAACAACUCUAUAUCACUUCAAUCUUAGACAGUCAAUAUGAACAAGCCAUGUUUAAUCAUUUAAUUGAACUCAUGCAUGAAGUCUAUGAUGGUCGCUGGAAAUACUUGAAUGCACUGCAAUACCCUAGAGAAUACAAGGAAUAUGCUUAUUGUAAUCAUGCUCUUCAAGACUAUCAACAUCACCACACGCUACCCAUAGUAAAACCACAUUUCAAGUUGCAUACACUUAAAGUUACCAAACCAAUCUUUGAUGAAAAUACCAUGGCUUAUAUCACGACUAAGUUUCCCAACUUGAAGAAAAUAUCGCUAGGUGACGAGUUCAAUCAGAUUCAGCCUGACUUGACUCAUUCAAACCCUGUGUUUUCUCAGCAAGUGCUCAACAGAUUUGCUUGUUACCUGCAGGAAUUAUAUUCGUAUCUUGUUUUGAAUUUGUUUGCAGAAAACAUGAGUGAUGUGGUCCGUACCUUGACUGGAACAGCUCUGAAUGUAUAUUUUACAGUUAACCAUGAAUCUCAGGAAUCAAGUCAACUUUGUGCCAUUCUGUCCAAAACCAAAACCUCUAUUUACGAAAACGGAAUGCAUUUGAAAUCAAGAUGUAACAACUAUACAUUAACACAUUUCGAGUGA